CCAAUUAAUUAACUAAACCAAAAAAUUAUCUAGACAGCCAUGGUGUCCAGUACUGUUGCAAGUUUUCUACUUGUUCUUGUUGCUUCUUUCUUUGUGACAGAAGCUCAGAGGCCUGCUUUAGUGAAAGGUCUUUCAUGGUCAUUUCUACUUGGCCAAGCUGCUGGCUUACUUCGACUUUAUUUCCAUGAUUGCUUUGUUCAGAGAUGUGAUAGUUCAGUGUUGCUGGAUGGAUCAGCAGGAGGGCCAAGUGAGCAAACUGCAAUUCCAAAUUUGACCCUAAGAAAGAAGUCAUUCAAGAUCAUUGAUGAUCUUAGGAAAAGGAUCCAAGCUGAGUGUGGCCAAGUUGUGUCUUGCUCUGAUAUUACUGCCAUUGCUGCUAGGGACUCUGUUGUCUUGACCGGUGGGCCCAACUACGAUGUCCCCUUAGGAAGAAAAGACGGACUCAACUUCGCAACAGAACAAGCGACCAUAGACAACCUUGUCGCACCAUUUGCCAACACUACAACCGUCCUCGCUCGCCUGGCAGUCAAAGGCCUCGACGCAACCGAUGCAGUCGCCUUGUCUGGGGCCCACACUAUCGGUAUCAGCCACUGUACUUCCUUCACCGACCGUCUCUACCCGAACCAAGACUCCACAAUGGACAAGACAUUUGCUAACAACCUCAAACGUAGUUGCCCCACAGCUGACUCGAACAAUACGGUCAACAUGGACAUUCGUAGCCCUAAUGUGUUCGAUAACAAGUACUUCGUUGAUCUUAUGAAUAGACAAGGGCUAUUUACGUCCGAUCAAGAUUUGUAUACGGAUAGAAGAACUCGAGGGAUUGUUACGAGCUUUGCAGUGAAUCAAUCGUUGUUUUAUGAGAAGUUUGUUAUUGGUAUGAUUAAAAUGGGACAAUUGAACGUGUUGACUGGUGGACAAGGUGAAAUUAGGAAUAGGUGUGAUAGGAGGAACAAGGAUAAGAAGGUUGAUAUUGCAACUGUUGUUGAAGAAUUGGAGGAAACCUUCUCUGCUUUAUUUUAAGUUUAAUUAAUUAGUCUUUUGUUUUUUGUUUUGUUGUAAUAAUAAUGAGUGUCUUAGCUUAGCAUAAUAAUCACAAUAUGUUUUGUGAUGUAAUAUGCAAGAAAA